UUUGGGCAGUCAAUUGUAACACAAGCAACCAAGAGAAGUCUUGAACACUUGGCAACUGUGGAAAAACUAAAAAUAACUAGUUUUUACGGUUACAGCGGUGCAGUGGGAGCUUGCCUAGUCUGGGGUGAGAAUGUCGGAGUUGAGCGAUGAGGCGGGUGAAUCGGAGCAGUUUGGUGUCAGCCUCUCCCUGUGGCUAGGGGACAUUAACACUUUAGUACGACCUGAGGAAUUGGAUGUACCCCUCGACCUCCACACUGCCUGCUCCAUUGGCCAGUAUGAUGUAGUAUCAGAGUGUAUUAAAAAAGGGGAGGUGAACUUGGACAGCAAGAACAUUGGGGGCUGGACUCCCCUGAUGUAUUCUUCAUAUAUUGGGCAUGACAACAUUGCUAAUCUUUUGCUGGAGGCUGGAGUGAACGUUAAUGCCACCACUGGCAAAGGUCUGACACCCCUUAUGCUGGCAGCGAGCUGUGGGAAUGAAAGCAUUGCAUACUUCCUAAUGCAGCAAGGUGCUGAGUUGGAGCUGAAGGACUCUCGAGGCUGGACAGCCCUGUACCACUGCACCAGCACUGGCCACCAGCAGAUGGUUAAGUUCCUGCUGGACAACAAUGCCAAUGUCAAUGUGAAAGAGCCAGGGUCUGGCUUCACUCCGCUGAUGGAGGCUGCUGCUUCUGGACAUGAAAUCAUUGUACAAUGCCUCCUUGACCAUGGUGUCAAAGUAGAUGAGCGGAACGCCAAAGGAGAGACCGCCCGUGCCCUAGCUAUGAUGUACGGCCACACAAAGAUCGCCAGCCUCAUUGACAUGCGCUCUCCUAAAGCCAAACCAGGUGCAGGACACUUUGAGGACCUGAGCUCGUCGGAGGACUCUGACAGCAGUGCCCCCCCCAGACUGAGUCGCUUGAGUCGCAGCCGAGCCAAAGGCCCCAGCAUCCACGAUGGGCCUCAAGCCAUCGCCAAAUUCAGAGUGGGAGGCCCCAGUAAACACUCCGAGCCAGCGGUGGCGCCCCCGGGAUACAUUGCAUUCCGUGAUGUCGGGGAGCAGAGUGAGGGCAUCUGUUUCCGUGAUGUCACCUCGCCUAUCAACGAGCUGGAUGGCCAGAGCAACAGCAGCAGAGAUGAGAGCCCCUUCUUUGAUAACGACAUGCCCACCAUGAGGAGCAGCAGUAGCAGCAGCGAGGGGCUUCCCUGCGUGAUCGGACUUAGCCGGGAGGGCUCGCUGGAGAGUAACGAGGACUCAGAUCAGGCUAAAAAGAGCUGCUCCCGCCGCGCAAACAAGGGUCAUCACGCUAAAGGCAAGGGUCGCCAUGGUAGCAGCAGUGAAACGGUGCAGCCCGGUGGCCCAGGGAACUGUGGGGUGCGCUCGCCUGUAGGUGGUCCUCCCAACUAUGCAGGUCCCAAGGAUCUGGCGGAGUUCCUGGAGCAGAUUGGCUUUUCCAAGUACCUCCCCCUGUUGGAGGAACAGGACAUUGACCUAAGGAUAUUUCUCACCCUCACAGAGAAUGACCUUAAGGAAGUGGGAAUCACGCUUUUUGGACCCAAGCGCAAGAUGACCUCAGCGAUUGCACGGUGGCACAGUAGUGCCCGGCCACCUAGUGACGCUCUGGAGCAGGCCUACGCUGACCAGCUGGAGGCCGAGAUGCAGGAGAUGGCCAUUCAGCUACAUAAGCGGUGCGAGGAGGUGGAGGGCCUGCAGGGCCAGAUGUCUCAGGAGAAGGAACUGCGCACGGUGAUGGAGGGAUGCCUGAUGGAGGACAAGAUGGCCUGGAGGAGGGUGCACACAGAGCUGGUGGACAACCACAGACUGGCUCAGGACAUGAAUGCCACGCUAGAAAAGGCCCGCGCCUGCCGCUGCGAGCUCAUGUCUCGCCUCAGCGCCGACGGCAACGGCAGUCCUUACCACGGCGACGGCAAACUGAAAGGCAAUACUGGUGGAAAAGGUGGAGAAGGCUUGAAGUCCACCAGUGUCUCGGAGUUAAUGACAACACUGGAUUCAUAUGAAGAGGAGCUAGGGGAGACCCUCCAGACUGUGCUCCAGAACCUGAGGCGACUGAGUGUCCCAGAGAAGGUCACAGACAGCUGGGAACAGCCCUAGGCAGUAUUGGUGAGUGUCUGGGGCUUCCUGACAAUGCUGACGGAGGGUGAGCAUGCCACCCUGAACACACUCAAUGGACUGGGAGUGGGCCGGGCCAGCUGGCCGGACUGGAUACAGUGGGCUGAGGACCAGUGUUCCCAGGCGCUCCCGUAUGGGAAUGGGCCAGGGGUUGUGGCCUCUAGCCUGGCCAAAGAGGCCAUUGGCAGAUACUGCAGGGAUACGACAAACGGGCGAGGGCAGCUGCUCCUCACAUGCCUGUGCUGGUGAUGGUGGACUGCUUCAUUUGAAUUAGGAGGUGCAGUCGGGGGAAAGCUGAUAAACCAGCCAGCUCCCUAAGGCGAGCCUGUCUGGCUGUGAAACAUUUUGACUGUAGAUCCUCUGUCCUCCUAUCCUAUAUGUAUGAGACACAUACAUGCUGUGAUCAGUGAUGCAAACAAAAGAAAGAUCACUCAUGUUUCUAAAUAACCUGAUCUUUGACAUGAAGAGAAUAAAUGUACAUGAAUUGAUCAUUUUAGAAUAUUAAAAAAAAAAUGUAUUCUGUAACUUGUUUUGUUGCAUGUUAGGAAGUGUCGUCCUGCUGAAUGUAAAGUCUGGAACAGAAAAUCCCCAUAGAGGGAAACAAUGUCUGUAACUUCCAUUGUUGAUCUUUCACCACAUCUGUUACUAGUGUCUUCUGUAAUGUUUAACUGUAUGUUGUUUUUCAUUUUUUCAAACUUCCCAUUUUGUUGUUCAUGUUCACAUUUUAAAAGUAUGACCUCAGUGAAUGUAGUGUUCUGUGUGUGUGUAAUCAUAAGCGCAAUAAAUGUUUUGUCGUGUCAGUCUAAAACCUGUGCAUUAUUAGGUUAACUUUCCAGGCAAUAUCUCAAUAACAUUGUAGUAUGAAAGUCUUACUUUGAUUAUUAAUUACACUUUAAUAUGUAAGCACAAUUUAGCAUGUGUAAGCCAUCCCUUUUAACAUUCUAGUUCCAUAAGCAUUAUGGCAAUGUGUCCCAUUCAAAAGGUCACUGACUGGGUUAAUACAAGUUCACAUGGUUUAUGAUACAGAGACAGAUGAGCAUCACAAAAUAUUUUAUUGCCUUAGAAAACAGUGCUGAACGUGUUCAGUGGAAGCACUGGAGAGUCGUUAUCUCAUGAAUAAAGUCUACAUCAGUCUUCCCAAAAUAUCUUUAUCGCUAUUUACAUACACAAAUGAUCCAUUUAGAACAGCAAACUGUUCUGCCCAGCUGAGCAAUACACUGACGAAUUAAAAAAACGAAAUGCCAUAACAUCAAAUGGAUCAGAAAUACAGUUUAGACUUUGUUAAUGUUGUAAAUGGCUAUUGUAGUUGGAAACGGCUGAUUUUUAAUGGAAU